ACUGAAAAACAUCCAAUUUGGAGACAGUUUGAAGCUUCUUUGCGACAGCAUCCAUUGGCAAAACCACAGUCAUGGUUGACGGAGAAGUUUGAGGUACUGCAUGAGACUGUCAUGACAUGGAUAAAAGAGAGUCAGAUUGAUCACAAGGCCAUUGAGAAGGCACAGCUUGUGUUCACCAAUGCACGUUCUGAAUUCAGAGCAGGAAACACUAGUUCUGGAGCAAAGAAACCGUCCAAGACCAAAGGAUUCAACUCGGACAAAUCAUCACUUCCCCAGUCCAAAGAUGACAGAAGAAUGCUUUUUGUCAACUUUCUGAGGCGUGGGCUGCCCCUUUUGGAGCAGGGACUCUCUGUGCAUGUGAACAGCUCUGACAAAUUUCUCAAGAAGAUGGCAAAUUCACCUGACAAAUUCAUGCCAUACAGAGAACAUGCUCCCACUCGUAUUCUUUCACGAAAUUCAAUAUAUGAUGAUCCAGAAUGGCUGAAGACACCAAUUGGUUUCUGGAAUGUUCUGUGCUUCCGUGGAGUUUUCUUUGGCUCAGAGUUUGCUCGUGACAAUGGAUGUCAUUUUGAGGAUCUGGAUCAGUGGAAAGCAUUUAGCAAAGGCCACCCACAAAGCUAUUUUGUUGUUAAGACUGCCUAUGGGUCUUUUCAAGGAGAUCGAAGCAUCGAUCGGGUUGAAGAAUACUGGGAAAAAAGGGAUCUAUGGGAGCUGCUGAUGAAUAAGAAGGAUUUGACUAUUUUUGACGUUUAUGACUUCCUGCUCCAGUCAUCCACUGGUGGUGGAAGGUCAACGUCAAGUCGAAAGAGGGGAUCUUGGCAGUCAGCAAAAGGCAACAACAAAUCCACUUCAAAGAAGGUCUUUGUCAACAUAGGCUCACUAACAGCCAUUCUUAUCAUAGGAGAUCUCAUCUAUGCGGACAUACUUCCCAUGCCUUCUGCUCUUGACUGGGGUAAACUCAUUGAAAAGGUGGGGAAGGGUGCGUUGGAUGCUAUGAUCAUGCUUGGGCUGAUUGAUGAGGACACGACGGUGCCGCAAGCAUUUGCUGAUCUUGAUGCCUUUGUCAAUCGCGAGCUUACUUCUGAAGAAAAGUCUGCCAUGACAUAUGAUGUCUUGACUGGGGAGCAUAGUCUUUGUAAGUAUAAACGGUUAUACUCUAAGAGAAAUGCAAAGUAG